AUGUCGUCUCCAAAAAGCAUCGGAUUCAUUGGACUGGGUAUCAUGGGCUUGUUCAAGAAAUCCGCUGAUACCCAAAACCUCUAUAUCUACGACAUCUCGACAGAGGCAUUGAGCAAGUUACAAAGCGAGACAAGCAGGACAAGAGUCCACAUCUGUAGCUCAUCGAAAGAAGUAGCUGAGAGAUCGGAUGUGAUCUUUACGAUGGUCCCUGAGGGCUCUCACGUGCGAGCAGUGUACCUCGAGCCAGAAAACGGCAUUCUGUCCACUAAUCUCGCCUCUAAGAUCCUCGUAGACUGCUCCACGAUUGAUACAGCGACUUCGAGUCUCGUGCGUGAGCAAAUAAUCCACCAGUUCCCUACUGCAACAUUUUAUGAUGCGCCUGUCUCAGGUGGCUCCCUCGGCGCCGCCAAAGCGUCCCUCACUUUUAUGCUCGGCGCCUCGAAAACCGACCCAAACAUCACCCUUCUGAAUCAACUGCUUGGUACUAUGGGCAAGUUCAUUUUUCCGUGUGGUGGGGCAUCACUGGGUCUGACGGCCAAGUUGUGCAACAACUACUGCUCGGGCCUCAUCGCCAUCGCCACGGCCGAAGCCAUGAAUAUCGGCGUUAAGUCAGGAAUCGACCCGAGAGUACUAGCAACCAUCUUCUCCACUAGUACGGCACAAAGUACCAUCUCUGAUACUUGGAAUCCAGUUCCGGGUAUCUGUCCCGGUGCACCCUCGAGCAAUGAUUAUGAGGGCGGCUUCAAGGUGCAACUUAUGAAGAAGGAUUUCGGACUGGCUGUUGAUGCAGCAGAGCGUGUAGGGGCCAAGUUAGUCUUGGGUGAUGCUGGGUUAGAGACUUAUCAAGCUGCUAGUAAAGAUCCAAACUGUGUGGAUAGAGACUCAAGGGUUGUGUUCCGGUAUCUUGGGGGCGAUGAGAAUUGGGCCGUCAAAUUUGAGAAGUAG